CGAGCAGUACUGACAAUGCCAUCUAGCGAUGCUCGUUGGAUUCAAAACGAAGAUGGUACGUGCGUUGCUGUCCGUCCAAUUACGACGUCUGCCAUGUCGUUGAUUAGUCGCGUAUUUGCCAAACAAGUCGUCGAGUCUUGUUGUAAAAUCGCCUCGGUGUCGUGUCAGACGCAACAAAUACGAAACAAAUGGAAAUUGGUCAAAGUUCCGGAACCCGGGCUGCAGGGAAAGAGUUUCCGGAGGAUCGUUCACUUCAAAGAUGAGUACACGAUCGAGCCUUUGGAGGUUACUAACUUAGGAGGCAGGGACCCUGUCACAGGAAGGGUAGUAGUUCAGGGAAUCGGUGGUGGAGUCAAGCAUAAGUAUCAUUGGAUCCAAUGGUUGAGAGAGGGGCCAACCGACCUCGACGUCCCUCCUAGGGAAGACAGAGUAUUGCAAAUAUUCAAGGAUGGAUGUAGGACGGCUCACGUCGCGUUGAUUGGAAGCGGCGACCAGCUGCGGUAUAUCCUCGCUACAGAAAAUAUGAAAAUUGGCGAUAUAAUCCGCACCCAUCAAGGUAUCCCAAAGAAUCCCGUGAGAGUUUUCGAAGGCGACGCUUAUCCGCUCGGCGCGUUGCCCAGAGGAACGUCAGUUCACUGCGUGGAAAAGUAUCCGAACACAGGAGGCUGUUUGAUUCACGCUGCUGGAACCUGCGGCGUGAUAAUGAGGCGGGAUGGCCCGGAUCGUGUGAUCGUCAAGAUGCCGAGCAAGAGAGAAUUCAGUCUGCACGAGACCUGCAUGGCAACCGUCGGCAAAUUGUCGAACCCGCAGCACGCGUCGACGCCUAUUCCUAACACGCAGAAAUGGAGGGAGCUAGGAAAUCGUCCGAGGAGCGGACUGUGGCAGAGGAAGGGUGGUCGUCACGGCCGAAAAAUACGACCCCUGCCACCUGUGCAGAAAGUUGGGACAGGAAUCGAUAAAAGCGUAAGCCCCAUAGUGUUAGAGUUAAAUUCGUCGAAGUUGAAUUAAACGUUGAAACAAUUUAAACUCUUGAACAGUUUAAUUGAAUAAACGAAAUAAACUAAUAAUAAUAAUAAUGAUAAUAA